AUGGUUAUAAACAGGAAUGUGCCUAACGAACCUUACGAUAGAAAAGAGGACCAAAGAGCAACAAAAACCUUAAAUUUGGUAUGUCUAAAAACAAAUCAGCAAGUAGACGAUGACAGAUGGGAUGGGAAAGAAAAUGUUAUGCCAAUAUUAUCGGAAGCUGGACCAUCAAAAGAUGUCAUUGGCCAAAAUGUAAAAAAUACGGAUGAGAGUGAUAAAUCUAUUGUAUUCCAAAACAUUCUUAGAGAAAAAGACUCAGGGUCAUUUAACGUAGAAGAUAUGCCUAUUGUUUUUGCCGACUCAUUAGAUUUACAAUAUCAAGACGAAGUGACUAUCACAAGCUCAGACUUUUUAAAGCAAGAAGAGAUAAAGAAAGAUACUAAAAAGAAAGAAGAAAUAAAAAUCAUAUCAGUUAUUAAAUUACCAUUGCCAGCCCCUAAGUAG